ACCUACCUACAUAUGUAAGAUAUAAAACAGAUCGACAUAUCAGUAUUAUUAUAGUGUUCCUCUGUUACCGCAAUGAGACAGAUCUUCUUUGGGUUUCUGUGUUUUUGUGUCACAUGCGGUUUGCCGCCAUUGACGCCAGAACAGGAGGAAUUGGUGAGGCAGCACGGAAUUAAAGUCCUGUCCUUGUCCAGCAAUAACACCUCUAGUUACCAUGGCAAGCGCGUAUCUUUAAAAUACAAAUACGUGGGCACGAAUGGCAACAUACAGAACACGAGGUACGGAGGGGACUGGCUGACCGUAGAGGCUACUUCAUCGGUCAGUGAGAGAGGACACUACCUGGCGGCCCUAAUAGCAGCCAGAAUGACCACACACAUGCCGUCCACCAUUUUUAGUUCGUUAGUCAGGAGCGCCAAAGUCGCGGUCUUCGCUCACGGCCAAGACAUCACCAUCUUCCCGGCAUAUGCUUCUGAGAGGGACAGACCGGAGUGUACCAAUAAUUGUGGUGGUUCUUGUGCUGCGACAUGUACCUUUGAUGGCCGAAAGUACAAUACCCUAGCCGGCGUGGGCGGAAACACUUGUUGUAUACUGGAGGAUAACCUCUUGUGCAAUGGGCGGGACCCAUACUUCCAUCAAAACAACAUCCUCGUACACGAAUUCGCCCACACAAUCCACAGUCACUUACCCUCAUCAAUCAAAACUCAGAUCACAGAGGCUUACAAUAAUGCCCGUUCUCGUGGCAUCUGGUCUGCAAGUUCCUACGCCAUGUCUAAUGAACGAGAAUACUGGGCGGAGGGGACGGGUUCCUUCUUCAUGGUGAACAAACAGCCGACCUCUACUGGUGGCAUGAACACGUGUGGCCACACCCACUGCCAGACGGAGCAGGAAGCUCGUUACUACAUCUACCAGAAGGACUCCAAGCUGUACUACGCUCUCUCUUACGUCUAUCUCAAUUACCAGUACACGGUUCCCUCCCAACUUGCCACGUGUAUCACCAGCUAAAAUUAAACAUACGUCAUGUGAUCUUCAAA